UUCUGGGAGGAGGAAGUAGCUGCUGGUUUCCGCUGUAAACAAACUAGGUUGCGAGCUGCGUGUGUCCGUGUGGGAAUAACUGGGCUUUUACAGGUGUGACCUCGGCGGCUGGAGACAUGGAUAUUCUGAGAGCGGAAAUUGCCCGCAAGAGAAAGCAGGUGGAGGAGAAGGAGCUGCUCGGGGAUGGUAAAAAAUAUUUUAAGCGCAGUGAACUUGCCGAAAAAGAAAAGGAAGCCUAUUUUGAAAGAUGUGGUUUUAAGCCUAAUGAGCAGACACAAGGAAAGGUGCAGAACCAAGAAGAGGAGGAGAGGCCUUCAACAUCAAGUAAUCCAGUGCUGGAAUUGGAGCUCUCAGAAGAGAAGUUGCCGAUGACCCUAUCAAGGCAGGAGGUAAUAAGGAGGUUAAGAGAGAGAGGUGAACCAAUCAGACUCUUUGGUGAAACAGACUAUGAUUCAUUUCAACGCCUGAGAAAAAUCGAAAUUCUUGCUCCUGAAGUCAACAAGGGCUUAAGAAAUGAUUUGAAGGCUGCUCUGGAUAAAAUUGAUCAACAAUACCUAAAUGAAAUUGUUGGUGGCCAAGAGCCAAAGGAGGAAGAUACACAGAACGAUCUAAAAGUGCAUGAAGAAAACACAACAAUUGAAGAACUUGAGGCUUUGGGAGAGUGUCUUGGACAAGGUGAUGACAAUAAUGAUAUGGAUAUUAUAAACAAAGUGCUAAAGUUCCUUCUAGGUGUAUGGGCUAAGGACCUGAAUGCAAGAGAAGAUUACGUGAAACGUAGUGUGCAUGGUAAACUAGCAAGUGCCACCCAGAAACAAACUGAAUCCUACCUGAAACCAUUGUUCCGGAAACUACGGAAAAAGAAUCUUCCUGCUGACAUCAAAGAAUCCAUGACGGAUAUAAUCAAAUUUGUGUUGCAAAGGGAAUAUGUGAAGGCAAACGAUGCCUAUCUACAGAUGGCGAUUGGGAAUGCUCCCUGGCCAAUUGGUGUUACAAUGGUUGGUAUCCAUGCCCGUACAGGUCGCGAAAAGAUUUUUUCCAAGCAUGUAGCUCAUGUGCUGAAUGAUGAAACGCAACGUAAAUACAUUCAGGGGCUGAAGAGAUUAAUGACAAUUUGCCAGAAGCAUUUUCCAACAGAUCCAUCAAAGUGUGUGGAAUACAACGCGUUGUGAAAGUGAUUUUCUUACAUCAUAUACAUAUUGUACUAGAGAGCCUCUUGGAUCUCCUGCCAAAUAAUGUUGGGAAUAGCACCAUAGCCAACACCCAAACAACUCUGGCUUUCAGCAUUUCUGUUUUAUAGAAAUGUGUGCUAUUUCAAACCAUCAAAUAAUGACUCGAGCACAUUUGUGUUUAAUGUGAGCCACUAAGAGAUCAUUAUUUAAACUAUCUGCAUAAAUACUAUCCAAGUAUUUCUUUUAUGUAGAAUUGGAUUGUCAAACAAAAAAUGUGAAAAAUAAAUGGUUUCUGACCUUG